UGUGUGUGUGUGUUCUUAUUUGUCAAUCUACCUGCAUUGUCUUAGCAAUUUUUGGGAUGGAGACAAGACCAGCCCAGCUUGGCUAAACCAUAACUUUCACUCUUGAUGGAGAAACAACAAUCCAACAAGGUUGUGCAAGAAGGACCAAUGAGAGGCCUGAAAUAGCAUCUAUGGUGUAAUGAAUAACAAGACAGGGGUGGUGGAUAGGAAAAACCAGAACUUGGAGGUUUCGGAGCCCCAUAACCAAGGCAAUUUUAGUUUCACAGGGGAAAAAGAAACCCUGCCCAGCUUCUUAAUCAGCAAGCAGAGACAGGGACAGGAAGUGGUCAAAUUAGUUUCCCAUCCAUUCAGAGGAAGAGGGUAUAAAAUAGCUACUACAGUCUGUAAAAACACUCUGGUACUAUACUCCGUGCAAACUAUACUCAGGUUAUCUUCUCCUCGGCUUGUCUGUGUGAAUAAACUGCUGUGCUGGACCAGGAAGUAGCCGUGAUGUUCCAGAGAAAACGAAGUGUCUCCUUUGGAGGUUAUGGAUGGAUUGACAAAGCCAUGCUUGCUAGUCUGAAGAUAAAGAAACAGGAGGCACUGAACAGCACAGAUGCAACGACUCCAGAGAGACCUUUAUCUCCACCCUUUACAGCCCCACCAAGCAUGAAGUCUGCAGAAUUCUUUGAAAUGCUCGAGAAAAUGCAGAGUCCAAAAUCAGAAGAACAGAAGGGUGGAGGCCAGAAAAACAAGGAGGACUAUAUCCCCUAUCCCAGCAUUGAUGAGAUUUUAGAAAAAGGGAGUCCCUACCCCUUAAUCAUCUUGCCUCAAUUUGGGGGCUACUGGAUCGAAGACCCCGAGAACCUCAGCACCCCCACUUCAUCUGAAAGCAGCAUCUGUGAUGAAGAGGAGGAACCGCUCAGCCCCAGCACUUACGGCUACAAACUGGAGUGCAAAGGUGAAGCCAAGGCAUAUCGGAAACAUUUCUUAGGAAAGGAUCAUUUAAACUUUUACUGCACGGCCAGCAGCCUGGGAAAUUUGAUCCUUUCCAUUAAAUGUGAAGAGGCAGAUGGAAUUGAAUAUCUACGGAUUAUUCUCAGGUCCAAAGCAAAAACUUUACACGAACGAAUCCCUUUAGCUGGACUCAGCAAGCUGCCAAACAUCCCACAGAUUGCAAAGGCCUUCUGCGAUGACGCCACAGGAUUAAAGUUUUACCCUGUCCUCUAUCCCAAGGCAUCGCAGCUGAUCGUAUCCUAUGAUGAACAUGAACUUAACAACACGUUCAAGUUUGGGGUGAUUUACCAGAAGUUUAAGCAAACACAGGAAGAAGAAUUGUUUGGGAACAAUGAAGAAAGUCCUGCCUUCAAAAACUUCUUGAACUUGUUGGGAGAAACCAUUACACUACAGGAUUUCAAGGGCUUUCGAGGUGGCCUCGAUGUGACUCAUGCCCAGACAGGCACAGAAUCUGUCUACACAGUGUUCAGGGACAGAGAGAUUAUGUUCCAUGUUUCCACCAAGCUUCCCUUCACAGAAGGUGAUACCCAGCAGCUUCAACGGAAAAGACACAUUGGCAACGACAUCGUGGCUAUUAUAUUCCAAGAAGAAAACACUCCCUUUGUUCCGGAUAUGAUUGCUUCAAAUUUUCUGCACGCCUAUAUUGUCGUCCAGGCAGAAAAUCCAGAAACGGAUAAUACAUCCUAUAAAGUAGCUGUCACAGCACGAGAAGAUGUUCCGUCUUUUGGUCCUUCACUGCCAAGCCCACCUGUAUUUCAAAAAGUAAGACACAACCCUAACCCUAAAACAAGGUUUGUGUUUGGUUCUUAUGGGAAAGUUGCCAUAGAUCGAACGCGGGCUGCCUUGUUGGACAACUUGCACGACGAGCUCCACAUCCACACACAGCUGAUGUUGGGCCUAGGAUCCGAGGAAGACAAGCUGGAGAAUGGUGGACAUGGUGGAUUCUUGGAAUCGUUUAAGAGAGCGAUCCGCGUCCGCAGCCACUCCAUGGAAACCAUGGUAGGAAGCCAGAAGAAGCACCAGCCUGGAGGAAUCCCUGGGAGCUUGAGUGGCGGGAUUGUGCACAACAGUGUUGAAGUAACCAAGACCACCUUCUCUCCUCCGUUAGCAGCAGCAACAGCCAAGAAUCAAUCAAGGAGUCCUAUAAAGAGGCGAUCGGGCUUAUUUCCCCGUUUGCACACUGGAUCCGAAAGCCAAGCAGAACCCCGGAGCCGAUGUGACAGUGGCUCAGGAACACCCAAAACCCCCGAUGGAGGGCAUUCCUCCCUUGAUAUGAAAUCAGAGGCUUCCUCGAACCCAAGCUCUCCAGAAAUCUGUCCCAACAAAGAGAGGCCUUUCAUUAAGCUCAAAGAGAAUGGAAAGUCAAAUAUUUCCCGUUCAUCCUCAAGUACCAGCAGUUUCAGCAGCACUGCAGGAGAGAGUGAAAAUAUGGAAGAAUACGAAAACCUGGGCAGCCAGUCCUCAACUGCAUCACCAUAUAAGCAAGACGUAUUUGUUUACAGUCCUUCCCAAAGCAUCGAGAAUCCAAAUUUAGCAUCAGCCUCAACCCCUGUUAUCAUGAGCAGGAGCCCCACUGAUAUAAAAAGCAGAAAUUCUCCGAGAUCAAAUCUAAAAUUUCGCUUUGAUAAACUUAGCCAUUCAAGCUCUGGCCCGACACAUUAGUUGAAGAAUGACCCCUAAGGACCUGUAAAAGGACAUUUUUUUGUUGUGUUUGUCUCAUUUUAAAGAGGGUGGGAGGGAGGACGUUUGUUUCAAAUGAGAGCACCCUCCACCACACCAAGCUCCACAGCCACUUAUGGAUUGCCCUUCAUCCGAGCAGAUCAUUCCAUAAAACCAGGGAAGAAGAGAUCUCGUCCAUGGCCCUCAUCCAUGCUUUAUCCCUCUGGAAUGGAAGGAUGUCCCACGGAGGACCCAAAUCGUCUACCACAUACUGUAGACCUGAAUUGUCUUUUUUCAUUUGGUCUAUCAACCGAUUGGUAACAUUGUGCGUAGCUGUUGAGCUUGAGAUCUUGCUUUUGGGGUAAAUCUUUAG